AUGGCGAUGUGCGACUCUGGCUCGGAGGAGAGGUCGAACGCCCGCUGGAUCGUCGGAACGUACGAUGAGGACGCGGACGAUCUCGCGGUUACCUGCGUUUCGGAAGAGAGUCCGACGACUACCCACCCUGCGGAUUCCACGUUCUUCUGCGACCUUACGGGGACGGGCGCGUUCAUCGCCGUCACGGACGUGAUGUUCGGCUUCACCUGCGGAUGCACCUCCGCAUCUGCAGGCGGGGGCGACGACGACGAAGCGACAACACCGUCCCCCUCGGGGACUGAGAGGGGUAUUGACGAUACGCCGGCCCCCGCCACUUCCUCCUCCCUCUCCUCGCCUGCACCCGUCGAUUUGGCCGCCGGCUUGGACCCGUCCACCCCGUCGCCAGAGUCAGACGCAAGUCUCGACACCGCUGCGAAUGGCGGGCGAGGCCAGCACGCUGCGCCCGGGGUUUUGCUUAUUUUGUCUGGUGUUGGGGGGAUCUUUGUGGGACUGGUGGGCGCGAUCGUGGCGGCGCUGUAAGCCGUGCUAUACGAACGGUCUGACUCGGGAGGAGCAGAGCUUUACGGGACAACCCUCAGUGUCAAUACAUUGGGCGAAGUAGCGCUGGUGCUUGAUUGCAGUUUUCCCUACCAUGUGCACCUCGAACCUGACGGCUGGCUGCGGAUCGUUCCGUAUGGGUGUGUGGUUACCGCUGUUUGGGGACGCGCUCCGUUGGUGAGUGGCCACAAAGGUUAUUGUAAGAGUCAGGCGGACACAAUUCCAAGCGAAGUUUUGAUCGUUGGCCAUGACUUGUGGCGCGAGGCCACAACCGUGGCUGUUCUCAUUGUAAAGAUCUUGACGAGGGUGUUCCUGGCUACGGCAUCGUCCUGCUGUUCCGCAAAUACUAUCCUGUAUGGUACAUUUAGUGGAAUUGAUGCCAUAGCAAGUGAGGACGUAUUUUGGAAGGCGAAAGCUUGUCGUUGCGACCGCUUUCCUCGCGGAGAGGCCUCCGGGACUGACGAAGGCGCAAACAAGAUAAACCCAAGCGGAACGGGGUGUCCAGGGUGCAAGGGACGCCCGUGUUCGGCUCCACAAGCAGCAAUAACGCGUUGCCGAGCAGCGGCUUGUUGGUGUAAACAGAAGAGGUUUUCGUUUCGUUGGGGUUGCUCCCCGAGGGGCAGCAACGUUCCGCGUGAGUUGGGGGAAACGCGUGUCAAGCACUGGGCUGAAGCACGGGUGACAUAUGAACGUUUGUUGCGACCGGGCGGAGACCGCCGGGGGUCUCCCAGACAGGUCUGUUUUUGGCUUAGGCUAUGAGUGUUUUGUGUGUUUGCGUCCUAUUCAUUCGCUCUGGCGACAGUCUCCCCAAUUUUUGCGGUGGGACGUGUAGUUUACUGCACUUUCAGUGCCUUUUUUUUUCAACUACAACCAUCCAGGUGCGCACAGGAAGGGGUAAACACCGGGCUCGUCCUUAUUGUUAUGGAUGUACCCCACCUUCCUCCUGCGGUGGGUGCUGAAUGUUGUUUUUUCCGCGAGAAGCGUCCAGCCACCCCUUUUCCUCUUCGACGGUGCAAAUGUCGAAGUUCGGAACUCCCGAGGUUUUUUUUCAGCUGUUAUUUUUUCGUUUCUACACCCACAAAAAUGUCAUUUUUCACCGUACGGGGAUUCGAACUCACGCCUCUGCCACUAACGGUGUCGAUUCACUAGGCCACCGGAGCGACGGGGUAUGCAAACUACAGUCAAACCGAGUUACAUCGAAGUGAUUGCCAUGCCGUUCGUACUUGGGGUAAUCGGGA